CAGAGAAGAAAAGAUGAGAGAGGGGUGGAGCCUUAUCAAAGCGAAGUGAGGGGAGAGGAAUAAAUCGAUGAAAUUUGCUACGGUGAAUCUGCUUCAACCAAUAAUUUUUCGUUCCUACGAGCUUUAGUGCAAGAGAAUCAUCCUUUUGCUCGUGUAAUGGCCGGCAAUUGUACGGUACCUGAUGAGCCACGCUUAAAAAAUUUGCUCGAUCGGGACCAGCUCUCUCCAUCGUUCGGAAAUCGAUAAGAGCUAAAUAAUUGACAGCCACUACGUAGAAUCCGCAAAAACUAAUAUCUAAGAGACAAAGAAGAACAUAUACUAGUGCCAGAUAUCAUAUAAAAGGUAUUCGACAUCCCGACACCGGUGAACAAGAAGCGAGCAACAAAUGGAGAUCACAACACCCAUCGGUUCUCCCUUACUCUCCAUGCUAUUCCUGGUGCUCUUGGUGGGCACCAACUGCCGCGGAUUCGAGAUCGAGGAGGCCACCAUCGACGGCAUUCAACAGGCUUUCAAUGAGGGCAGCCUCACCUCCAGACAGCUGGUGGAGUACUACCUGGACCAGAUCCAGGCCCUCAACCCGCUGCUCCACGCCGUGAUCGAGGUGAACCCCGACGCCGUCCGGCAGGCGGACCGGGCCGACCGGGAGCGGUGGAGGGGGUGCCACCUGAGAGGGGGCCUCCACGGCAUCCCGGUCCUCCUCAAGGACAACAUCGCCACGCGGGACCGGCUCAACAAUACAGCCGGCUCGUUCGCUCUCCUGGGGUCGGUGGUGCCGCGCGACGCCGGGGUGGUCCGGCGGCUAAGGCGGGCAGGAGCGGUGAUAUUGGGGAAGGCCAGCCUCAGCGAGUGGGCCCACGUCCGGACCUUUAGAACCCCAGACGGGUGGAGCGCCCGCGGCGGCCAGGGCCGGAAUCCAUACGUCCUAUCGGCGGACCCGUGCGGCUCCAGCAGUGGAUCGGCAAUAGCGGCGGCGGCGAACAUGGCGGCGGCGACGCUGGGGACGGAGACGGACGGAUCCAUCAUAUGCCCCGCGGCGUUGAAUUCGGUGGUGGGGAUCAAGCCCACGGUGGGGCUCACCAGUCGAGCUGGGGUCAUCCCCGUUACCCCCAGACAAGAUACCAUCGGGUAAGAACGGAUGACGUUAAACUAUUGCAAUUAGCAUUGUCCCCCCCUCUCGCC